AUGUGUGGAAUUUUCGCGUGUUACAACCACCCCGAUGUGCAGAAGUUCAAGCCCACCGCUCUGCGCAUGGCCAAGGCUGUGCGUCACCGCGGCCCCGACUGGAGUGGAAACUUCUGUGCCGAGAAAACCAUUCUGGCUCACGAGCGUCUGAGCAUUGUCGGUGUCGACUCUGGUGCUCAGCCCCUUGUCAACGAUGAUAGCACCCUCGCCCUCGCCGUCAACGGCGAGAUCUACAACCACCGCAUCAUCCGCAAGAACCUUCACCACAAGUACAACUUCAAGACCCACUCUGACUGUGAAGUCAUCAUUCCCCUGUACGAGGAGUACGGUCUUGAUGCCCCCAAGCACCUCGAUGGCAUGUUCUCUUGGGUUCUCUGGGACAAGAAGCAGGACCGUGUUAUUGCUGCCCGUGACCCCAUUGGUAUCACCAGCUUUUACCUUGGUCGUUCCUCCACUGCCCCCGGUGCUGUCUUCUUCGCCUCUGAGCUCAAGUCUCUGCACCCCACCGAUACCUUGACCCGCUACUUCGAGCCCAAGUGGUGGGAUCCUGCCAACGUCCCCUCUACCCCCGUUGACUACAAGGUUAUCCGCCACAGCCUGGAAAAGGCUGUCCGCAAGCGUUUGAUGGCUGAGGUUCCUUACGGUGUUCUGCUGUCCGGUGGUCUGGACUCAUCUCUGGUGGCUUCCAUUGCCCAGCGUGAGACUCUCCGCAUGGCCGAGGCUGCCCGCAAGGCGCCCCAGACCAACGAGGAUGGAGAGCUUGUCGGUGUUGACGAUGAUAACGAACUGUCGAACGGCAGCGGUUUCAACAGCCAACUGCACUCAUUCUCCAUCGGUCUCCCCGGUGCCCCCGAUACUGAGGCCGCCAUCGAGGUUGCCCGCUUCCUGGGAACUAAGCACCACCCCUUCACUUUCACCGUCAAGGACGGUAUCGAUGCCCUCUCCGACGUGAUUUACCACCUCGAGACCUACGAUGUGACCACCAUUCGUGCUUCUACCCCCAUGUACCUUCUUUCCCGCAAGAUCAAGGCCAUGGGUGUCAAGAUGGUUCUGAGUGGUGAGGGUUCCGACGAGAUCUUCGGCGGUUACCUCUACUUCCACGCAGCCCCCAACAAGGAGGAGCUCCACAAGGAGACCGUCCGGCGUGUCAAGAACCUGCACUUGGCUGAUUGCCUCCGUGCCAACAAGUCCACAUCCGCUUGGGGUCUUGAGGCCCGUGUGCCCUUCCUCGACAAGGAGUUCCUCGAGACCUGCAUGGGUGUUGACCCUAAGGACAAGAUUAUCACACCCGAGCGCAUCGAGAAACACAUGCUGCGCAAGGCUUUCGAUACCACUGAUGAGCCCGAGACCGCUGCCUACCUGCCCGACAAGAUCCUCUGGCGCCAGAAGGAACAGUUCAGUGACGGUGUUGGCUACAGCUGGAUCGACGGCCUGAAGGAUGAGGCUGAGCGCCAGGUCACCGAUGAGAUGCUGAAGAACCCCAAGCCCGAAUGGGGCACUGAUGUCCCCGACACCAAGGAGGCAUACUGGUACCGUACCAUGUUCGACGAGCACUUCCCUCCUUACUGUGCCGGCACUGUCGAGCGCUGGACCCCUACCUGGUCCAAGCAGACCGACCCCAGUGGAAGAGCCAUCUCCUACCACAACAAGAAGUACGAUCAGGCUGAGUAA